AAGCAGAUAGAGAGAGAGAAAGCGAGCAGAGGAAAUCAUCAAAAUUAGGAAAGAGAAAGUCUUUCUCCAUUUCUCUCUCCGUUGCAACUGGUGGAUUUGCUAGCGUGCGCAGCGAGUGAUCGGCGCACCAGAAAAAAAUUUUAGGAAAAUAGGGUACGAAAGACAGGAGAAGAAAGCGGACACGGUGCGUUUUAGCAACCCAUCUUCCUCGGAGAAGCUCUAUUUUGCAGAUUCGAGAGGUUUUCUUUGUUUGGUGAAAUUCGUCAAUGGCUGCUCCACCAGCAAGAGCUAGAGCUGAUUACGAUUACCUCAUAAAGCUUCUAUUGAUCGGCGACAGCGGUGUCGGUAAGAGUUGCCUUCUUUUACGGUUCUCAGAUGGUUCCUUCACAACCAGUUUUAUCACCACCAUUGGUAUUGAUUUUAAGAUAAGAACCAUUGAGCUUGAUGGUAAACGAAUUAAGCUCCAAAUUUGGGAUACAGCUGGACAGGAGCGGUUCCGGACAAUCACAACUGCAUACUAUCGUGGAGCCAUGGGCAUCUUGCUGGUCUAUGAUGUCACAGAUGAAUCAUCCUUCAACAAUAUUAGGAAUUGGAUUCAGAACAUUGAACAGCAUGCAUCAGAUAAUGUUAACAAGAUAUUGGUAGGGAACAAGGCAGACAUGGAUGAAAGCAAAAGAGUGGUGCCAACUUCGAAGGGACAAGCACUCGCUGAUGAGUAUGGAAUCAAAUUUUUUGAAACUAGUGCAAAGACAAAUCUAAAUGUGGAGCAAGUUUUCUUUUCGAUAGCAAGGGACAUAAAGCAAAGACUUGCUGAUACUGACUCAAGGGCUGAGCCUUCGACAAUCAAGAUCAAUCAACCUGACGCAGCUGGGGCUGCUCAAGCUGCACAAAGAUCGGCUUGCUGUGGUUCAACCUAAACAGGCGCGUAUUGGAUGUAACUUUCACCAAACAAGGGAGCAAAAAGGUGAAGGAAAAAACUAAUCGUGGCGACUGGAUGAUGGGUGCUUGUAUUUUGUUCUUGUCAAUUCUUUUGUAAUCUUGUUUUAGAGUGUGAAAUGUAGUCUUCUCAUAAUCGGAUAAUUUUUCUCCAUGGCAAACAAUUGGUGUCAUAUGGAGAACAUACAUUGUUUUUUCCCCUUUCUCUCUGCUCCUCCAUGUUGGAAGACGAAGAUCCGACUGCUUGCAACGCUAGUUCAUCUGUUGAUGAUGUAGGAAAAGAAAUGGAACUGGUUUCUAUAUAUAUAUUUACUGAAAUGUGAAAAUUCUUUCGUCA